ACCUUGACAUGUUCAAACCGGGGAAGUAAACAUUUUACUAUUACUAUUAAUCUUCCCAUUUUGCACUUGCUUGUCUCUUCCUAAACAAGCCAAAAAUACUCCCCGACUUUGUCCUCAAGACAGUUAGGGGAAAGAGAAAAAAGGAUUCACAAAGAAUUUUCCAAAUCAAUAAUUCAUUUUCUUAGCAUAAAAAUUGAGAUGAAUUUUUUACCUUUCUGAGUGAGUGGGAAGCCAAGAGGGAUUUAAGUGCUAGCUUAGCUUCCUUGUUCUUCACUGUUAUUCUUUAGCCUAAUAAUUGCUUCAGCCAACACAGAAGAGAUAAAUUCUUGGUGAUGCAAUCAGCCAGUUAAUCCAUCCUUUGUUUUUAUUUUAUCUUUAAAAUAGAUUUUUAAGGAUGGUUAAGCUAAGCUGUUUUAAUGCUAAUUGUGGCCAGUGCGUAGGUGGAGAGUCUUCUUCUAGCUCUGGUAGAGGAAGAAGCCAUGAGGGUAAUACUAAGUAUGGUGUCAGCCUAGUGAAGGGGAAGGCUGAUCAUCGGAUGGAAGAUUACCAUGUCGCUAAAUUUGUACAGAUAGAAGGACAUGAGCUUGGCUUAUUUGCUAUUUAUGAUGGUCAUUUGGGGGAUGAGGUUCCUUCUUAUCUGCAGAAACAUCUGUUUGCCAAUAUCUUAAAGGAGGAUGAGUUUUGGGUAGAUCCACGCAGAGCAAUCACAAAAGCCUACGAAAAAACUGACCAGGCAAUACUUUCAAAUAGUUCUAAUUUGGGCCGAGGUGGGUCCACUGCUGUCACCGCUAUUCUGAUAAAUAGCCUAAGAUUGUGGGUAGCUAAUGUGGGAGAUUCACGAGCUGUUCUUUCUCGGGGUGGUCAAGCUAUUCAGAUGACGAUAGAACAUGAGCCAAAUACAGAACGAGCCAGCAUUGAGGAUAGAGGAGGUUUUGUCUCAAAUAUGCCAGGGGAUGUUGCAAGAGUGAAUGGGCAGCUGGCUGUUUCUCGUGCUUUUGGAGAUAAGAGUCUUAAAUCACAUUUGCGAUCAGAUCCUGAUAUUCUAGAUAUCUACGUUGAUGUCAAUUGUGAAGUUCUUAUCCUUGCAAGUGAUGGUCUUUGGAAGGUGAUGUCUAAUCAAGAGGCAGUCGAUAUAGCCAGAAGAGUUAAAGAUCCCCAGAAAGCAGCCAAGCAAUUAACAGCGGAAGCAUUGAAGAGAGACAGCAAAGAUGAUAUAUCUUGUGUCGUCGUCAGAUUUAGGUGAUAAGCUUCUCAUACCAUAUGUUCCUAGUUUCGGAGAAACAAGUGUGUUUUCCACGCCGUGUAAUCUAGAAAUGUACAAAGGAUAUUAAAUUUGUGACAGCUUAGAGUAAAGCUUGCGAAAAGGCUGGUGGAAUUGAAUGACAGUACCAUAAGACAUAAAGAAAGGGCAUCUGGUCACAUUGUUCGUUUGAACAAUCUGAGUGGAUAUUUACAUUGUAUGAUAUAUUUGUCAAAGUUAAAAGUAUACAGCUAUGUUAGCAGACCGUUUGAAGUACAUAUUUUUUUAACUUCAUCAGACCAUAUUCUCUGGGUUUGUACAUCUGGUGCUUGUUUCUAGACAACUGAAACAACCUUCAAAUUA